AUGAGGUCCAUGAAGUUGAUCGGAAGCUUGAGCUGUUGCAUGUGGCUAAUGAUGGCCAUGGCAACCGCAGCCCAAGAUAGCGCGCCGGUGCUCGACACCUCCGGGCAGGCUCUUCAAUCAGGGGUAGACUACUACAUCAAACCUGCCAUCACCGACAACGGCGGCCGUUUCACUUUGAUCAACCGAAAUGGCGAGUGUCCUUUCUAUGCCGGUCAAGAAAACACCUCCGGCCCCGAGGGCUUCCCAGUGACCUUUGCGCCUUUCGCAGAGGGUGAGACGGUGGUGAGGGAGACUAGGGAUCAGAAGAUCGCAUUCUCUGCAUUCACGAUAUGUGUGUCGUCGAAUGCAUGGAAGGUGGGAGAGACUCAGUCCGAGACCCAAAGGAGAUUGAUUGUCCUCGGAAUUGACCAAGACGAAGGCCUACCUGGUCCUGCCGGAAACUACUUCAGGAUUAAUAAACAGGCAGACCAUGAUGGCGUCUACAACCUGCAGUGGUGCCCUACUGAAGUGUGCCCGACUUGCAAGUUCAUUUGCGGAGAUGUCGGUGCUUUGGUUGAGAAUGACAAGAGGUUGUUGGCCUUGGAUGGUUCUGUGCUCCCUGUUGUCUUCGAGAGGGCCUAAUAAGUAACGAUUCAAAAGAAACAAUAUGAAUAACGUACAGAUCCAGCUGAACUAGCUUGGUACAUAGGCUCAUGACUAGUGUGCUGCAUAAAAAUUUGAAA